CUGCAGGACACCGGCACUUGAGACCUUGAGUUGCCUACCCCUGUAGACGUAUCUGCUAUACAACCAUAAAAUGCUGACAUGUAGCAUUCCUAUGGGGUUAUGUUCUGUUACAGCUAUAAACGUUUUAUGAGUAUAUACAAAUUUUAUGUAGGCAUGUAAAUGAAUUUAGAAUUAUAAUUUAUCUAAGUAAUGAUGUGAUAAAAGUUUUCACAGUGACAAAAAAAACCUGAUAUUUCUCUGUAAAACACCUGCACAUAUUAUAGUACAGUUUCUGAAUCAGAACUGUAGAUUAUUUAAUUAUGGACAUACAGAAAGAGAAACGUUUUUAAGUGCUAUUUCAAAAGAACACAGUUUUAAAGGAAGUACUGUACAAAGUCCUAAAUCUUAAAGAUACUAACAAGUAAGUUAAAUUACAUGUAUAUUUCUUUAAAUACCAGAAUUUUUACUUUUUUAAAAAAAUUUCUAAUUAGGUAAUUAGGUUUAGUUUUCAGUUAGUGGGUUUGUUCAUUUCAGUUUGGUUUUUAUUAUUUUAGUUUCAUUUUUAGUUUCUGUGACAAAUACUGAUAUUUCUCUGUAAAACACAUGCACCUAUUACUAUACCGAUGCUGAUUCAAAACUGUAGUUGAUUUAUUUGUAGACUUUUAGAAAGAAACUCUCUUUCAAGAGUUUUGUUUUGUUUUUUAAAACAACAGAUUUUAAAAGGACAUACUUUACACUCUCCUUUUUAAUACAGACGCCGACACUUGUGUAAACAAAAAGUCACUAGGCCAGAACAACAAAUUAUGGCGCUUCAUUGGUCACACAAUGAGGUUUCAUAAUUUAAACUAAUUUAAAUAAUACAAUAAGAGGUUUAUUCUUGUUGCAGAUUGAGUUUCUUAAAAUCUGGACGUUAUGAUUGACCUGCUAAGCUAGAAGUUUGGAGCACACAUUACUUGGCACUCCACCAGGGUAUCCCCGGCUAAGUUUAUUUUCACCGGUCACCUUUCAUCUAGAAACGUGUGGAUACAACUGUACAGCAACACUGGUUGACUUGAAGGUGCUUUAGUAGUUAAUGUAGAAGAGAAAAAAAGAGCCCUGAGAAACAAAGUAUUCAGUCUGAACUAGUAUGGAUGUUGAUGACUGCAAUGGACGGUCUUACAUAUCAGCAGGUAGUGGAGACUCUUCAUUGGAAAGAGAGUUUUCUGGAGCUCUUGGAGGUCCAACAGUGAGCACCCCAAACAGCAAGGAAAACUCUCCCAGUCGCUCCCUCAGUGCCAACUCCAUUAAAGUGGAGUUGUAUAGUGAUGAAGACCCAGGUCGGAGUACUGAAGAUGAGCGAGGAGAGCGGGUGGAGGAAGGAGGUCCAGAGCAAGGUUCUGAGGCUGUCACAAGCUAUAGAGAGCUCACCAAUUCUGAAACUAUGCCAAGUGGAGCCACCAGACUGCCAAAUGGAAAGCUCAAGUGUGACAUCUGUGGAAUGAUCUGCAUUGGGCCUAAUGUGCUUAUGGUGCACAAACGUAGCCACACAGGUGAGCGACCAUUUCAGUGUAAUCAGUGUGGCGCGUCCUUCACUCAAAAGGGAAACCUACUCCGCCACAUCAAGCUGCACUCAGGGGAGAAGCCCUUUAAAUGUCCCUUCUGCAGCUAUGCCUGUCGAAGACGGGAUGCACUUACCGGCCAUCUUCGCACUCAUGCAGUGUCUUCUCCAACUGUUGGGAAGCCGUAUAAGUGCAGCUAUUGUGGCCGUAGUUACAAGCAGCAAAGCACUCUGGAGGAGCACCGUGAGCGCUGUCAUAGCUAUUUACAGAGUCUGGAUUUCCAGCAGCCAACCAGUGCACCAAAUUCAGGAGAGGAAAUGAGAGAGCUAGAGUUUAUACCAGAUCCUCUACUGCAGCCAUCCUCAGACAAGAUGGCAUUUAUCGAUCGGCUCGCCAACAGCAUCACCAAACGCAAGAGAUCCACGCCACAAAAAUUUGUAGGGCAGAAGCACAUACGCCUCAACCUUGCAGAUACACCUUACAAGCUCACUGCUAGUUUGGAUAAAGAUGGAGACAUGCACCCAGUGGACCUUGAUGCCCCACACUUUACUGGUCUGGGAGGAGAAUAUGUAGGUGUUGCAGGUACUGGAAGAGGAGGGGUAUCAGACACACUCAGAUCCUUGCACCUUCCCACCAGUCACUCUUCAAGUUUAUCAGAACUCAGGCCGAUUCACAGCUUCAGUCAUGCUCCUGUUCCCCUUGGGCCAAGGUUAGAUUGCACAGGGGCAGGAGCUGGCCUGGGAGCUGUGGGUGUUGGGAGCAGGGAGGCAGCAGAGGGUCACGAAGACCUGCCUCCGGGUCGAAAUCACGCCCCUUCUCCUAGCAAUGGCUGCCAGGAUUCUACGGACACAGAAAGCAUGGCAGAUGAGCCUUACAACAGCUGUGCUCCGACUCCGACUUUGUACAGUAACAACGGCCAUCACCUCCUCCACUCUAACAACCAUAACCCAGCACCUCCACCCAUCGCACACCACAGGAGUCGGGGCAGACACAGCCCCAGUCAUGCCAAAGACCGGGAGAUGAAAAGAGAGGAUGGAGGCCAUUCUGCUCUCCCUCCUCCCACACAUGCUCCAACACCGAGCUCACCUACGGCACCCUCUUCUACCUCCAAGGAGACUUUUCGGGUUGUAGACGGGGAGGGGCGAGCUGUACGCUCUUUCCGCUGCGAGCACUGCCGCGUGCUUUUCCUGGACCAUGUUAUGUUUACAAUCCACAUGGGUUGCCAUGGUUUUCGGCAGCCUUUUGAGUGCAACAUCUGUGGCCAUCGCAGCCAGGAUCGCUAUGAAUUUUCUUCGCACAUUGUCCGUGGAGAGCACAUCUUUGACUGAGAAUAAAAGGACAGCCUGCUG